UACACAUGAGUUUUUGUUUUUUAGUAUAUAUUUAUUUAAACUUAAUCUCAUGAAGAUUCUAUUCCCUUUAUAAUGAAAUCAGUAUAUGUUAUUGGAUCGCUAGCAUUUACUUGUGCUGCUUAUGGCUUUCUUAGUUAUUAUAUAUCUAAAAAAAAAGUAAAGGUUGCAGAAAAAGAUGAACUGUUAGAACUUCUCCAAACAUUAGAUGACAGCAGAGUAAAGAAAGAAGUUCUACUCAAUGUUUUAAACAAGCUCAUAGAGUUAAGCGCUUUCACAAUAAUCAAAGUGAGAAUCCAUGAUUUAUCAUAUCUUCACAAAAUAGCAAAAUUAUUAAAUCACUGUGAUGAAGAAGUGCAGCUGGCUGCGGCUCUUCUUAUCAAUAACCUGUCUAACAAUGAAAGAAAUCAAAGUAUUUUAAAGGAAUACAUUCCAACCUUAGUACAUAUAUUAAAAAAUACCAAGAUGAACAACAAAACUGUUACAUUGCAUAUUGCAGUUUUGAAUUCUCUUACGAACUUAACAACCUUGGAGGAGAAUCAUGAGUUUAUUGUUGUUCAUAUAAAUACUUUUUGUGAGAUUCUUCAAAAAUGUAAAAUUUUGCAAAUCAAGAUACAAAUACUGCGUGUUCUGGUAAAUUGUUCAAGUAACACGAAAAUCAGUGAGAAUAUGCUAGAAGUUGAUGUUCAGAUGCUUGGAUCGGUAGAGAGAUUUGUACACCCUGACGAAGAUGAAAGGUGUCUUCUUAGAGCUGUCCACUGCUGUGCAAAUGUUCUUUCUUCUUUACAUCGUAGAUGGCAAUAUGGAAAACGGCUUUCAAUUGCUUCAACUGAAUUUGUAAGUCAGCGGCUUCGUCAAAAUUUGUUAAAGUUAACUCUACAUACAAAUGAAGAUAUUCGUUUACAAGCAGCACGUUCGCUAAGGUCUUUACGAGAGCCUAUAUGUAUAGAAAGUAAUGCUUCAAUAGACGAUAUAGAUUUAAUUGAAGUGUUGAAAAUUUAAUUUUUUUAAUAUCUUAUUUUAAUAGUAAAAGAUGUUCUUUUAUUAAUUAUUUUUAAAGAUUUUAUUUAUUAAGUUAAAAAGUUUAAGCUAUAUU